AUGGGGAAUUCAAAAUCAACUUUAAGCAAACAAAAUAUUAAUUUGACAAAUGAACGAGGAAAACAACAAAAAAAUGAUUUCAAAGAACCAAUGAAAGAAAUCUACAAAUCAGAACAUGAAAUCGACCGGAUGCAACGCGCCCACUUUACCCUCCAACAUCUGUUUAGAAAUAAUUUCUCUUGUCCGAUGGAAGAGACGCUAAAGAUGGGAGGUCGUGUUUUAGAUGGAGGAUGUGGGUCGGGAGCUUGGCUUCUUGACAUGGCAAUGCAUUAUCCAAACUCUCACUUCUUUGGUGUUGACAUCGCAGAAAUCUAUCCGAGUCAAAUAAAACUGGCAAAUGUAAAGUUCCAUCAGUGUGAUUUGAUGCAAUUGGAACAAUUAGGUUUUGAGAAAAACUCAUUUCAUAUGAUGCAAAUAAAAAACAUGCAGCUUGUGCUUGACGUAAAAGAUUACGCACAAAUAGUAGAGAAAAUGCUAAAAUUAUUAAAGCCGGGUGGAUAUUUUGAACUUUCGGAAGUAGAAAUUAUUUUCUCUGACUAUGGACCAAAUUUUACACGGAUAAUAAAAAUGCUCGAAAUGGGUCUUAAAAGAAGUACCGACCUAAAUCUUGAAAAAAUUUUUUUCGCCACCGAGCAAGUAAUAAAUAUUCAACGAGAAACACGGGUAAUAAAGCUUGGCCCUUCUGGUAACAUCGUUGGAGAACUAUAUUUGACCAAUCUCGAAGAAUUUUUUACUGGUGAUAUUAAAGAGGUAUUAAUGGGGUUAAUGGACAUGACUCCAAAAGAAUACGAAAACUUUUGGCAGCAAUGUAAAGCUGAGUGUAUUGAAUUAGAAACCAGAAUUACGUUUGCGAGAGUUUGGGGACAGAAAGCUGUCAUAUGA